GCCCACUUGCAGACCAACAGGCCUCAAGGUGGAAAAGAGGCCAGAGGAAAAAAUCGCACGUGGUGUCACAUCUAGCCCUCCUCGCAUACUCCCAGAUAGCACUCAUGGAUGUUCAGUAGAUAUCACUUUUGCAUCGGUGUGGUAUCUUCUAGCUUCUCACUGAUUUUUGUUUACGACCGCGACUCGGUUCGAGUUUUCUGAAAACAAAAACUGCAGAAAAUGUCAACCUCACCAGCAGAUGGCAUCUCUAAGCUCUCCGUAGAGGACGCUUCCAACAACGAAGCCCCACCCCCACACGACAACUCGGCAGCAUCACCGACUAGUGAUCAAGCCACGCCAGUCAACUCGGGCCGCGAAGGGCCAGUCGGUUCCACUGAAGCAGCAGCAGCGUCCCCGUUAAAAGCAAAAGUUCAUGCCGAGAGUGUGGUCGAAUCCAAACCAGCGCGGACUACUUGCGGAGUCUGCGAGAAGGAGCCCAGCAAAUACAAGUGCCCGCACUGCUCACUUGCCUACUGCUCCGUACCUUGCUCCCGCAUUCAUAAAGAGACUCACCCCCCAUCUUCCUUGCCGCCGAAGCCACCACCACCGGUCAACCGGUCUGCAGCUGCCAAGCCCAGUCGCCAACAUCCGUUUAGUGUUCUCGAUGACUCCCCAGAGUUGCGAAACCUCUUCAAAAAAUACCCGAACCUCCCAUCUACUCUGAACCAAAUACACUCGGCGACAUUGCCCCCUAAGAAAGAACCUGGUACGAGAGGUGGUCUUCCUUGGACACUCUCAGAUGUGGACUCCAGGCUUCUCGACGGCACGGGUCGCCCCGGCGGUGGUAGAAAGAAGAACGAGCCCUGGUCUCAGGACGUUGGCCUGAGCCGCGGACGUGCCGCCCUGCGCAAGGCACGCAUGGAUCCUUCCGAUGUGGGCGAUGGCGUCAGGGAGUACUGCGAGCUCGUGCUCUACCUCUUGUCCAAGGGUAGUGACAAGGACGAGGCAACGGCAAUGGUGAGCCGCGAAUACACUCAAGAAGAGAUCAAGCUUAUCGAGACUCUUCAGCAGCAAGAGCACGAAGACUGAUGUUAGGAUACCAUGGCCAUACCAUAAUAAGGGCGUGGUAUCUUUCAGCAUCCUUCUAAUGACUCACAUUUCUGGCUUUGUUUGUCUGCUGAGAGUCCAGUCUCGACGCUUCUUUGCAUGAGGGGAUGCUGGCAGUUUUUCACCUCUUCUUGUUGUCCAAGAGCUCGAUGCUCUAGCCUCAUAUCAGGUCGACAACAGAAGCCCAUAAAAAUGUGGUGCAACACGAUAGUGCCCACUAUCGACUAUUACACACUCCAGCACAACAAACGGAAAAUUCUUAGCGCCAAUUUGUGGUGCAUUAUGAGGUCAACUUGGGAAGCUAAGUUUGAGUUAUGUAUAUGAGUAUGCCCACGUGAGUUACGUAGGCCUAUCUUGUAUCUAAAGAAUCGUCAUAGCUAACGCCUGAAUCUAGCGAAGAAUCCAUACUUGGGCGACUUCGACUCGGGUGAUUCUGGGCCAACUUCGUUGGGGAAUGACCCCUUUUCCUUGCCAACCAGUCGACCUCGCAACGUCCAGGUGGAUACCGGCCGUCUUAAGAGGGGCGACAGCUUGGUCUUUUUGACUUCGUCACUCUGCGUCCAAUCUACACGAUGCUCGUUCGCGAUAGAGAUGUGCAGUGGCUUGACCAGAGGUGGUGGCGGCGUGUUGCUGCUGUGGUGAUCUAGGGAGUCCGAUACGACUUGCGAGUCGCGGACAUUAGGUUCCUCGGACUUCCUUUCCGGAUGAAGACCUUUGCUGCCGCGCUUGUUUUCUUCUUGCUGAUCGCUGGUGCCACCCUCUGCCUCCUCUUCGGCUAUGCGACCACCGUGCACUUGACUUGAUUCCGAUUUUCGCCCGCUGGAAGCUUUCUGCUGCUCGUCUCUGCUGAGAUGGAGUCUGAGUGCACUCCUGGAUAGCCUGCGGACAAGCCCGCUAGUUCCGGUGCCUUCCCUCAUGCUGAUGGCCGUUGUUGUGACGGAGAACUGUAAAGCAGCCUCACGAGGUACAUAUGGAUGACUGGGUUGGGUGCCCUCCUUUGCCGCGUCCCCUAAAGACGGUUUUUGGGACGAUUUCCUCUUGUGGGUGUCGAUUUUGGCUUCUGGACGACGAAGCCCUGUGCUCACGGACGAAUCCGCUGCCCUGAAAGCUGCGAUGCCAUCUUGCUGCUGAUAUCCUGACGCAAAGUCAGGAUUCAGGCUUGCGCGCCUCCGGCGUUCCGCAGUCCUCUGUUGCUCCUCGAGCACCAGCGAAAGUCGGCGAGACAGCUCCACGGGGUCGACGGAGUAUGUUGCGGACGGCUUGCUCUGUCGUGGUCGUUUCAUGGUCUUGAUGGCCGUCAUCCUCCCAGGUUGCCGUAUCACUCCCGGUCGUUCGCGGUUAUAGAAGUCCAUUGCUUGGCUAAUAACACCCAUAUGUGUGGUUUGGUGGCUUCUUUGUGAGAAGGGUUGGGAGAAGUUUGGGAUAAAAAGGGGGUUCAGCGGGUGGCAAUGCUGCAUAAGAAAGGGCGUGGGUGAGGAGGGCGCCCCUAAGAAGAAAAGCACGGGGGAGGGAGAGACAAGAAGGCUAGCCUCAAAUCCUGUUGGUUGUCUAGGGGGGAAAAGUGUUGAAGAAAAUGUUGUCGUCCGGUUUAUUAUUAUUAUUAUUGUUGUUCUUGUUUUAUUCUUGUUUUCUUGAUUUCUUGUUUGAUUGUUCCGCGGCGGCGUCCCGCGUGAGGCAAGGAAUUAUCAGCAAAUGACCUAGGUCUCGCUUGUCUCAGAUAGGGGCGUCGGAAACAGGCCGAGAAACGCGGUGUUGAGUUAAUCCCUCCUGAACGGACGAUUUUAGUGAAAAGAUGUUCCCCCCAAGACAAAGCCGGGUAGUAAGUUUGUUGCCUCUGCGGGCAUAACAUGAAAAAGCAAGAAACAAAAUGAAUAUAUACUUGUAAGUCCGCUGGAGCUUUUGGAAAGCAAAUCCUUGUCUCAAAAUGCCAUGAGUCGCGGCUCUAGGUGGAAAUGGGCAUAGGUCGGGGCACUUGUCGGCUUUCCUCGCUGUGGUUUGAUUUUUAUCAUGUGUUUAUUGGAUGUGAUGUAGACAAACACAAAAACAAAAAAAUAAGAGGGACAAAAAAUCAAGGUUGGCUUCCGCCAAGUCAUCAAUCAUGUUUUUACCAUGUCCUGCAUUCCGAGUGAGCAGAGAAACCCGAGAGGUGGGGAUACAUACAGCCGGGACAAGGGACCCCAAAUGCAACUAGCAGGUGAGAGGCGGGGAGGGCGGCAGGUGUCGCAUGCCGAAUGGACGGAUACACUA